AAACAAGUUGAUGAUAAAAUUGUUAUCGUCAUUGUUUGGGUUGAUGACCUAAUCAUAGCUUCAGAUAGUAUGCAGUUAAUGGAAGAAUUUAAAGAAAGUAUGAAGACACAAUUUAAGAUGAAAGAUCUAGGUAGAAUCACUUUCUUCCUUGGAAUGGAUUUUAAGCAAAGCAAGGAUGAAAUAAAAAUUAAUCAGAAAAGAUUCAUUCUUAAAAUACUAGAGAGAUUUGGAAUGAUAGACUGCAAGCCCAGGUUAACCCCAUGUGAGCAACGAUUAGAAUUUAACUGUGGUGAAUUGACCAACGCCAGACAGUAUAGAGAAAUGAUAGGAAGCCUAAUUUAUGCCAUGACCUGUACAAGGCCUGAUUUAAGUUGGAUUGUAAGCAGACUGUCUCAAACUCUGUCAAACCCCAGAACGGGAGAUUUAAUUGCUGCCAAACAUGUCCUAAGGUAUCUAAAGGGUACCGUGGAUUAUAAACUCUGCUUUAAGAAAUCUGAUGCUGACUUGCAGCUCACUGCUUAUAGUGAUUCAGAUUGGGCCUCUUGCCUGGAAGACAGGCGAAGUACUACAGGUUACUGUUGUACUCUAACUGAAGGAGGACCACUGAUUUCAUGGAAGUCGAGAAAGCAACCAACGGUUGCCAUUUCCACUUGCGAAGCUGAAUAUGUAGCUUUAGCAAAUACAGCUCAAGAGUGUUUGUAUCUAACUCAAUUGUUAAACGGUAUGUAUAAGAAAGUACAUCAGAGUAUGAAGGUAAGUGUUGAUAACCAAGGGGCAAUUGCACUAAGUAAGAACCCAGUUAACAGACAACGUUCUAAGCAUAUUGACAUAAAGUACCACUUUGUACGUGAAAUGUAUGUUAAAGGCAUGAUCGAUAUUGUAUAUUGUCCUACCCAAGAUAUGGUAGCUGAUAUCCUAACAAAGCCACCCACAAAAUGUAAACUAGAUAAUUUUAAAAGUAUCGUGUUCGGUUGUGGUAAUUAG